GAAAGCUCUCACGCGUCAGCUGUGCUUGAUUCAGUGGCUGCUCACCAGUUGCCUGGAAAACUUUCCGUUAAGAAUACUCGCAUAGCGCAGAAGAACGAAAACAUCAACAACAACAGCAACAACAGAGAAAGUGACUGUCAAUAGCAAAGCGAAUAACAAUUGAUUGGAAGUAAACAGUUACUCUCUAUGGCUAUGUGGUUACAACGUUUACGACUCUCACGCGCUGCCGCUGCCGCUGCUGCUGCAACGCGUCAAAGUUUGCGAAGCUUUGCCGCUGCCAGCAAGCAUAACAACAGCAACGAUAACCUUGAGGCUUCUUCCAUAGAUGAACGUCAUCCGCUGCGAGGCGUGCGUAUAUUAGAUCUCACGCGCAUUGUCGCUGGACCCUAUUGCACGAUGGUGCUGGCUGAUCUGGGCGCCGAGGUGAUAAAGGUGGAGCGUCCCCAUUUUGGGGAUGAAGCGCGCAAAUGGGGACCGCCGUUUCUUGAGGAGUGCGGCGAUGCGGCCUAUUUUCUAGCGCCCAAUCGCAACAAGCAGAGCGUUUGCAUUGAUCUCAAGCGGGGCAAGGAGCUGAUGAGACAGCUGGUUGACAAGUGCGAUGUGCUGGUGGAGAACUAUGUGCCCGGCACACUGGAACGCUACGAUCUUGGCUAUGAGCAGCUGCGACAGCUGAAUCCCCGUUUGAUCUACUGCACCAUCAGUGGCUAUGGGUCGGUGGGUCCCUAUGCCAAGCGUCCGGGCUACGAUGUGAUUGCCUCCUCUAUGGGCGGCCUGCUGCAUAUAACGGGCGAACGUGACGGACCGCCCAGCAAGGUGGGCGUGGCAGUUACAGAUGUGGCAACGGGUUUAUAUGCGCACGGCGCCAUUCUGGCCGCCCUGCUGCAGCGGGAGCGCACACAGCGCGGUCAGAAGAUCGACGUGAACCUGCUGUCCACGUGCUGCUCGCUGCUGAUCAAUGUGGCCAGCAACUAUCUGAACGCCGGCACAGAGGCCAAGCGCUGGGGCACAGCCCAUUCCAGCAUUGUGCCCUACCAGAGCUUCAAGACGGCCGAUGGCUACCUGACCCUGGGCGCCGGCAGUGAUGCCCAGUUCGUGGAGCUGUGCAGCCGUCUGAACAUUGAGCCAGUGUCGCUCGAUGUCAAAUUCAAGACCAACAAGGAUCGCGUAAAGAAUCGCGAAGAGCUAAUCAAUCUGCUGGCCAAGAUCUUGGCACGCGACUCGUCCAAAAACUGGAUGCGCCUCUUUGAGGGCGCCUCCUUUGUGGUGGGCCCCGUCAACAGUAUACGCGAGGUGUUCGAGGAUGAGCACGUCCAGGCCAUAGGCCUGGUCAAGACUCUGCCACAUCCGCGCGAUGGCAGCGUCAAGGUCGUGGGUCCCCCAGUCGUGUACAGUGAAGCACGCAACGAUGCACGCACUGCUCCACCCAUGCUCGGAGAGCACACAGACGAAGUGCUCACCAAACUUCUGGGCUAUGGAGCUGAGCAAAUUGCAGAGCUUCGCAGUCAGCGCAUCAUUCAGUAAAGGAUGCCAUAC